CUUGUAACUAACAUUGUCAAUUAUGACGUCACAGCAAAAGGUUCUUAAUAAAAAGACGAUUUUUACGCAUUGAUUAAAAGAUCAAUAAACAAUAUUUUGAAGAAAGUAGAAAAACUUUAUACUAAUUGAACAGAACAAAAAAAAAAAUUCCUUGUUUUAUAUAGAUAUUAAAAUAUUGUGGACAUUGCUAAAUCAUUCAAGAUUUCUUUGUGUACUGAAGUACAUUGAAAAAUAACAGAAUUGAUGUCAGUGGAUCCAUAAAAAUGAACGCUGAUGGGUUUGGUAAUGUUGAGAAUUUUUUUUCACAAGUUCACAAUAUUGGGAAUUCAGAUUUUUGUCCUGGCUCUCCAGACUCACGGUUAAGUGAGAUUUCCUUUCCAUCGCAUGUCAGUGGUCUGGAAUCUUUUGCUGACUUGGAAGAAACAGUACAGGAUGUUUCCGUCAUUGCAAAUGGUGACCCUACUGAUACACAUGCACUAGACAGUCAACUUGACAAUAAUAAAAGUGAUGCUGUGCUCAAAGAAAGCAGAAGCGGUGAUUUACUGAAUGAUUUUCUCAAGAUGUCGUCACCUCCAAUGUCAACAUCUGUAUCGAAUCAAAAUUCAUUGGAUGAAUCUUCAAUGAGUUUAAGUAAAUUGGAGGCAUUGCAAGCAAAUCUGCAUGAUAGUUUUCUAAAGUCUCAUUCCGAUGACAGCGAAAGAGAAAAACAGCUGCGAGACUUUUUGGAACAGCCGACCUGUACAUCUGAAAACAAGAAAAAGACUUUAAGUUCCAUGAUUGAUCAGACGCACAAUAAGGAUGACAAUUUAAGAAUAACUAAAGCAAGAACUGAGACACCUCAUGCUGCUGAUACACCUAAUCAUUUGCCAUUAAAUCAAACAGAAUUAGAUUCCUUAUUUUUAAAAGAUGUUCGCCACAGAUUACAACUGUCCAAUCUAGAAACUACUGUAGGAAGUCCGUUUAGUUCUGAUGACAUCAACGACACAUUGCGACAAAUUGACGAAGUGACACAAUUGAAGGAUUCAAACAAUGGUUUCACAGUUGAACUUGAAGAAAAAUUAAAAAAGAAGAUCAAUGAGAGUAUUGAUGAUAGGUAUGAUCGGGGUGGUAUUGAACAAAUACAGCGACCAAAUUUGGAUGGCAGUAGUAGCGGUAGUGAAGAUGAUGGUGUUGCUGCGACCAACUUUGCACGUACAAAUGUCCAAACGUUAACACUCAAUAGAUUUAAUCUUCAACAAGAGCUGGAAGAACUAAACUUGGAGAAUAUUCCAGAGCGACAGUUAGCUGAAGGUGGUGAUGAUAGCAAUGAAGUUUUUAAUGAUGGUGGAGGCGGAGGAGAUGGUAGCAGUGGGCAUAGUGACAGUGAUGUGGGGGGUGCAGAUGGUGGUGUGUCCAUUAUCACUGAUAGACUGCAGCCAGCUGUGGGUACUGAGCGUGAAAACUUAGAUAAUAAAAGAGUUACACCACCAAGUCGAGAAAGACCUGUUGGGGGAUCUGGGCCAAGUAAUGAUGUGGUUACUUCAACGCGACAGGUUCAGUUUUCAACCCCACCCGUUGUUGUAACUUCGCACGGAAAUUCAACAAGUAAUGUUGCUGACUCAUCAGAUUCUAACAGCAGUGAUAACCAGAAUAAUGAUGAAGUGCAAAAUCAAGAUUCUCGUUUAUCAGCUCGAUACUUUUUGGCAGCAAGCACACCGUUUAAAACAUCUGAUCAAACAGAAGAUGACAACUGGCUCAGUCAAAGUAGUUUUCACAUUUCGCAAGCCAAAGAGCAACAACAAAAUGAUGAAAGAACACUUGUUGGGGAGGAUUUUACUAUGGUUACCCCAAGUACUGCUACUUUAAGCAAACUAAGGCAUGAAUAUGGCGAACCACCAAAUUGGACAUUUGGAUCGCCAACUGUAAACAAUAUGACUAAGUUACACACUACAAACAAAUUAAUAUCAAAUGGUGAGAAGACAUUAACAAAUGAUUUAGAAGAAGUUAAUAACACUGGUGAAAGUGAGAAAGGCUCACCCCACACGUUAGUUGCACAUCCAGAAAAAGUUUAUAACCCAUUUGAUUCAUUCACAAAUUCAACUGGAGAAUUUAAUGCUAGCGUGGAUUUUGGUUUGGAUGCAUCUGCUGGCUGGAAAAUUGAGAGUUUUAAUACGAGUCAGCAUGAUCUAGAGAACCUGUUAGCUGAAGAUGAAAAAGUGAUAGCCUUGAAUAAUAAUAGUGUUUACAAGGUUGGUGAUGAAACAACGCUCUCUGAAUGGUCACUUCAUAGUGAUAACCAAAGAAUUAAUUCAGCUUUACUUCCAAGUGGAUCUAAUAUAGACGAUGGUCGUGUCAGUGUUUAUUUUAAAGCAAAAUCUCAUGAAUUAGGUCAUUUAUCUGGUGACGAAGGACCACGGCCAAACUUCUCUGAUGACAGUCAUGAGGUAAUAACGCCGCCAACUGCUGCUCCUGUACCAUUAGUAAAAGAAGUUACAUCUAUUGAUAAGGAUCAAACUAUUCCUAUGGGUGCAUGGAGCAAUAAAACAUUUAAUGUAGAUUUAGAUGUGAAUGAGAAAAUGGUGAAUGAUUCUGAUCAAAGCGAAACACCAAAAUCACGAUUAUUAUCAACGCACAAGAGGAAUUCAGACACAGUUUUACAAAAGAAAAAGAAGCGUCAGUUGAUUGGUAAAGACGACAAAGCUAAAAAUUCUUUAAAUCAAGAUGGAGAUAAAAGCAUACAGAGUGUUAGGAGAAAGAGCUCUUCCAAAGAAAACUCCAGCAAACACACAGAUGCAGAUGCUAAUGCAUCAAUAAAUGCUUCAAAACAUCAUACAAGCAUUGUUGCUCCUGUAUCAGAGGUGGAAGCAGACACGUUGUUAGACGAUAUUAAAGGUCGUAGAGUCAGUACAGCUGGUAUGACUAAGGCACAGAUUGUGGAGUUAGCUAAGUGUAUAUCAUCAAUGACUGGUACUAAUAUUGAACUUGUGUAUAAGUUAAUACUUCUUUUACCACGUAAUCAAGGAAACAGUUUUCAAACUGUGAGUCAAGUCCAUGUUUCACCACAACAGUCUCUUAAGCAUACAAAAACUAUGGAAAAUAUUUCAAUCCCUUACAACAGUGUUAAUGAUGCAAAUUUUGUUCAGAAUAUGAAAUAUGUAAAAUCACCUGCACAGACAGGCACAGAAAGACUGUACUAUUCUGAGCCACUAGGCAAACCAAUAUCGUCAAUUAUUCCCCUUAAUUCUUAUGAUAAGAACCAAGGAAAUACUGAUGUAAAUUCACAACAUCACCAGAAUAAGCACUAUCUGCAUAGUACACAGAUGCCUGAUCGAUACAGUGAUCCUAGCCCUCUUACACAGAACAGAGUCAAAGCGGACCCACGACUUGCUAUUAGUGUAAGUCCAAUACGUCAUCACUACGCCCAGCAAGAAUAUUCAGCAGGUUUUCAUAACAGCAAUGUAAUCACAAAGGAACGUUUUGAGCAUGUUCAGAAUUUCCAUCCUCUUCAAAGUCAGAGAAGUUCACAAGAAGGUUCAGCUCUUCACAACUUUCAUCCUUUGCACCAUCAUACAAGAAGAACAGCAAGCAACCCAGAGAGUGGCAGUUAUUCUGGCAUGUGUCCCAGUGAUGAUUAUGGUGUUUUAGUGUCAAACAAAAAAUACAACUCAAAAUAUCAGCAUUCUGUAAAUACGUCACAGCCUGAUACCUAUCCCGCAUAUAGUGCAGAUGGAAUUAGUUUUCCAAAAGAGGUUGCUUUUGAUGUUUGUUGUGUUGAAACAACCCUCUCGAAAGUAGUUCAAUUUUAUAAUUCCAAUAGCUGCUGGAUGCAAUGCCAAUUGCAUGUUGUAUUCUUUGCACAUAAUGGACAGGAGACCGAUUUUGAACACAUAUUUUCAUUUCCACCCAAAAUUAUUAUGGAUCCACACUCCAGUGAAGAUGUCAAGAUAAAGUUUUCGCCAGCACAAACUGGAACUUACAUGAUGAAAAUCGAGCUAAUGGUGGCAGGUUUGAUAGCUGAAGAAACAAACUUAAAAUGGCAGCGUGUUGCAAAUAUUUUGAAUAUUGAAGGUAUUGCUGAAACACCUGACGUUGAAAUAUUACUGGAUCAAAACAAGUGUUUGGAUUUUGGUGAAAUGCCAUAUGGUUCAAAAAGAACACAGGAAUUAAAAAUUUUAAAUAAAGGGAGAGCAGAUGUACCCAUUUAUGUAAAUAUUGCUGAGUCCUCAGCUGAUUCUCAAUAUUUCAAGUUAGAAAUCCAAAAGAAAGAGCAAAAUGAAGUGGAAGAUUCAAUUUACCUGACUUCAAAGCUGUCUGUUUUAGUUCCUGGACGAAAGCAUGCAGGGUUGGCAAUGAAACCAAAAAUUAUAAGGCUAAAAUUUGAUUCACCCUCCAGAAAAGAUCAAGAUAUUCAUAAACAAGUACUUAGUUCACCUGAAGAUUUUUCAUGCUAUGUUAGCAUCCAUACGGACACAAAGCAUAGUAUUCCUAUAUCAAGUGUGUUAAUGAAAGCUAAAGUUGGAGUAUUGCGACUUCACUCCUUAAGAACAAUGCAGGCAAUAUCACUGUCAACACUUGAAGGUCAACACGUUAGUAGAGUAAUUCCUUUAAAAAAUGCUGGCAACAUUUCGUUGCAACUUGAAAGCAAGAUAAUGGGUGGAUCACCUUAUUUUUCUAUCAUGCCAUCUCUUGUGAAUAUAAAGCCUGGUAUGCAAAGUGAAUUAAAGGUAGCGUUUAAAUCGGCAACAGCUAUCUCGGUGGAAAGUCGAUUAGUUGUUUGUGUGUUGCCAGAUGGCGACCAGUAUGAAUGGAAUUUAAAGGGACAAGCCACAGAGAAAACCGCCAUAGAAAAAGAGGAUAGACCUAUACUUCUGUGCAAUAAACUUGGUUUAAAUUGGCCCGGUGUUCCAAUCGGACAGUCAAAACAACAAAGGCUAAUAUUACGAAAUAAUUCUGAGGUUGAUUAUGUACAUUUGAGUAUGAGUAUAGCUGGUGACCAUUCAAACUUUCAAAUUCAAAACGACUCUCUCUUACAACAAAGAGCUAUCAACCAGUUCGAAGCUGUUUUAAAACCAGAAGGAGAAUUGCCAGUGCAUGUUUUAUUUGCACCGUCUUGUUUUGCAAUGAUGAACAGCUCGUUGGUACUACGCACUGUGAAUGGCACCACAAAGUUUGUUAUUCCUCUAUCUGGAUAUGGUGGGGCUUCCAAUCUGGAUAUUAAUGGUGCAAAGAAGUUAAACGAUCAGUUUUGGAUUGACAUUGGUGAAGUGUACUUGGGAAAAAGAAAUGUUGUGAAUGUAAUGUUGAGAAAUAGCGGCUCCAGAGCUGCUUUUGUAUCUUUGAAAUGUUUUUCAGACAUUACAGCCAGACUUGAGUAUCCUGACACUCAUGUAACAAUCACACCAAACAAUUUUGUUUUGGCUGAGAAAGCUUCAGAACAAGUGAAUAUUUUCUACCAACCUUUAAAAAAUCAUGCCCUAAAAAGCCAAGAAGGAACUUUCACAUGUGCUCACUUAGUGAUAUAUUCUGGUGAUGAAGUAAUGCGGAGCCAGUAUAGAAAAAAUUUCACUGGUGUAAAGUCUCAUGGAAUUAAUGUAUCACAAAUUCUCCAGUUGACUUCAGAUUUUAAACAUCAAUCAAAUAUCUCCGAAGAAAUCAGUUAUACCACAGUGCCCGAUUGGGAGCAAUUCUUCUUUGCCAAUAUUUCGAAAACCGUUAUUGCUAUGGUAGCCACGUCAGAGCACCAUUAUGAAACUGACAAACCAGCUGUUAAAGACCAGCUUCAAAAAGAAAUAGCUCAUGUAACGCCAGCACAGAAAUUACAACCUGUUACGACUUUUCCAGGCAAGAACACACAGAAAAGCGAGUUAUGGUCUGUAUAUCCUGAGCAAAUCAUACUAAGUUCAAGUGAAGAAUCACCAGCCUCAAAAAUUCAACUCAUCAAUUACUCUGAUGUCACUGUUUCUUUCGAGUUUAUUUGGCCAGCUCAAACAUUAGUGAUUACACCAUGUAAAGACACAAUACCAGCAAAAAGUCAGUUAGCUAUCAGAAUCAAUGCAAAGCCCUCGUUUUUAGCAAGACAAGAGGAUCUACCAUGGAGAGGGAGUAUAUAUGUACAGUGUGGUGGAGAACAAAAGUGUGUCAAUGUCCAGAUACGAAGUGAUGUUAUUUGUGAUCAAUCACCUGGACUACCUUUAUCGACACAACAGCUCAUGCCACUCGAUACUCAUAAUAUGUCUCUGCUGACUUACUCAACUCCACUGGCUGAUCAUUCGGUCACCAUUGCACCGCAUAUUCUUGAAUUUCAAAACACAAAAGUAAAUAUGGUGGCAGAAUCGUCCUUCAUCAUCACCAACAAAACAACUCAAUCUUGUCGAUGGUUUCUUUCAUCCAUUGCCCCACCUUAUUUUAAGGAACAGAAUAGCAAAGGCGAUAUUGUGCGUGCCACAUACACUGCUUUCAGAUUUGCUAAACAUUCUGGAAAGUUAAAUGGAAAACAAAUCUUUAAACUACCAGUGUCAUUUCUACCGCGUGACGGAGGAGUGUAUUCUCAAUUUUGGGAUUUUGAGGUAUCAUAUGAACACUUACAGACCCCAGUAAAAGCUAGAAUAGAAUUGAUUGGACAAGGCUCAUGCACAGAUGCAAAAUAUUCCAGUCCAAACACAUCUCGUAAACAGGUUGGUACAGCGAGGCCAAUUUUAAUGGAUCCCAAACGGAAUAACGAAAGGUACGAAUCAUACGAACCGCCUGAUAAGAAGAUGGAUGCAAAGAAGGGCCAUGUGUUUAUCAAAGAUGAUUGUUUGAAAUUUCCUGCUACCAAAGUUGGAGAACGCUCUGAGUUGAAAUUUAGACUGUGCAACGAUAGUAGUGAGGUUCAAAAGGUUCGAAUCUCAGGUUUUCGUUCUCCAUUCUCAGUAAUUCAAAAACAUGCUCGACUCUCUAUCAGACCGAAAAGCUAUGUUCGUGUACCUGUUUAUUACUCCCCAACAGCGAAAUUGGAUGAAGUUUCUGAAGGCUUGUUAAUAAUAAGUCCAGAGAGUGGAGAGACAUUGUGUGUAAAGCUUGUUGGGGAAAGCGAGUCAAGUUAACUCUCACUUAGAAAGAUUCAAAGACUAUUUAAUCAUGGAGGCAAACACAAAGAUUGGCUACCUUUCAAACUCUGUAGUGUUCCAUUUGAAGUUAGCAAGAUUGGUUAAAUGAGAUGCCAUAGUGAUGAAAUACUUUCGACAACCCUAAAAUUAUACCACCAUUAUGAAGUACCUGAUGUUUCUCCAGUUGGCCGUUUGUACUGGAAUAUUUCUUGCUGAUAUUAAUGCAAUAUACAUUUUCCUGUUUCUGUUUAAUUACAUUGUAAUAUUAUAUUUCGUUGUAUAUGUUGCAAAAAAUAAAUUAUUUUACAUGUAAAUUUCAGUUAGGAUGAAUUGAAUAAUUAUAUAAUAAUUUUUCUGCAUUUUCAAAUUUUGCUGUGUUAUUUCUUGACACAUAUUGAAAUCAAUUUUUAAGCCUGUGUUUUUAAAUGUUUGCUCAAAAUGUCUUUGCAUCUUUUGUAUACUCUAACUGUAACGGUUCUUGUUAUAAGAAUCUUUAAGAUAAAAAUUUUAAUCAAUUACCUAGGUACCAUAUUUCACUUCAAUUUCUUAUCCUACAAACUGACAUUGUAUUUUCCUGGUGUCGUAAAAAGAAGCCUUUACAAUGCCAAUCCCAGUCUUCGAAAAUUCACAAGAAUUAUUCAGAGCUCAAAAUUCGCUUUUAAUAAAUGAACAGGCUUCACCAAGAACAGCCGAGGGUAGUUUUUUUUAACAUAAUCAAGUGGGACUCUAGAUGCAUCUGUUUACCUCAGGAAAGGAUUAUUUACAUGUAUGCAGGGCUAUAUAAUGCCAUCUGAUUGCUUGAAACGGUUGGUCAACAAAUUCUUGAUCUAGCCUUUUUUUUUGAAGUCUACUUUACUUGAGCUCAAUAUCGUAUUCAUAAUCAUAAAAUAUUUUAAUAAAAAUUAUGUUUUUGUGUGGUUCAGCUUGGAAGUAAUUUUUUUAAAAAAAAUAUAAUGUUCCUAAAAAUAUUUGUAUAUAAAUUGUUCACCUUUUAUUUAUACGUACUUGUAAAUAUAUUUUCUUAUCCAUUUAAUGUUCUGGA